AUGUUCGAAGCUUCAAAACAAAAGGUCUCAGAUAUACUCCAAGAUGCUGGAAUGAUUGCUCGUCGUAGAGGUCGAAAACCGUUGAAGGAAAAGCCUGUUAAUCCAUUCAUAGGAGGUGGUGCCGGCGGAAAGAUUGGAGAAGCGGAGUAUUUCAAAGUUUAUUCGUGUAUUCUUGUGCUGUUGCUUCGUCUCAGGCAGGCCUGUGUUCAUAUGUCUCUUACUAAAGAUGCUAUUGACAUGGACGCUUUCAAAGUUGAUGAUGAUGAAACUGACAAAGUAAUUGCCGCGGAAUUCGAGGCAUCAUUCGCAAAUAUGUCUCUCGACGAAUCUGGUCUAGUCGAUGCUUCAGAAAAUACAGGACAAAAUAAGCUAAUCGAGAAAGUUUUUCAGCGUGAAUAUGCGAGCACAAAAGUUGUUGCCGUUCUUGAACGUCUUAAACCAAUAAUUGAAAAUGUGUUAUUGUGA